AACUUCUAGGAGGCUAACCAAAUCCCGGUGAUCAACUUUACGAAUUCCCCUUGGCAUGAGGUUUUGCAAUCUACCUGAAUUCCGUGGCCCAGGCUACUACUUAAGUAGUAGCUAUCCACACCUUGCUUGGCGUAGAGCCGAGAUUGAAUAUUGACGCCGUACCAUAACCAUGGUCGCCUGCAUCCCUUCGGUGGGCACCCGAGUAAUAAGCCUACGAAUCCGGGUCCUUCUCGAUCUCGGUUAGCUUGUAAUAGAACACGUUCGGCCAAGCCCAAGCGCGGGUAUUACCAACUGGGCCGGCUUCACCUCGAUGUUGGGCCUCGUGUUCAUCUUGGAGGUACCGUUGAAAACUUGAACCAUCAUCCCGCAAACUUGAAAGAGCAUGUCACUUUUGACUGAAACAUCUUUGGUUCACUGCAGAGCGAUGGCUUCUGUCGCUGUUGUCACUACCAAACAAUUGGAUGCUGUCCUUUGUACGAUGAAGCUUGCAACCUCUCUCUCAUUAGAGAUGGAGAUCAACGAAGCUCGGAUUGCCUUGCAGAGAGAUGCAGAAGAGUUAUCGAACAUAGACUCCGUGGUUGACAGCCUACAGGCUGAGAUCGAGGCAAUACACGUUCGCAUGGCUGUUCAGCAAGUGAAGCGGCGCGCUGUAGAAAUUCGCAUCCUGGAAAACAAAGCUCGCAUCAGUCCUGCGAGGUUCCUUCCUACAGAAAUUCUCCAGCAGAUAUUCAAAUCCUGCCUUCCUGACGAUCGAUAUGUCAUUCCCCACAUACUGUCCGCCCCGCUGUUACUUUGCCAAAUUUGUCGCCGCUGGAGGGACAUUGCAUUGGCAACACCAGAACUCUGGUCUUCUAUUGAUGUUCAUGACUGGGGCGUCUGGACUGCAAACUUCUACACGGCGAUGGUGGACCGUUGGCUUGCAGCGGCACGUAAUCGUCCGUUGGCUGUCAGUGUGGUGUGCCUGCAGAAGUGGGAUUGGUUUCGCCAGUAUGAUCCAACACAGUCAGGGCUUUUCCGCCUACUUACAUCACACUCGGCCCAAAUUCGCGAUCUUCAUAUACAGGCCAGCCGCGGCUAUAUUGAUGCAUUCAUUGCCAGCGGUUCCUACGCUGUAAAACACAUCUUAAUAUCCGUCAUGCCAACGUCGUUCCUUGUGAACUCUGGACAUCCUCUUGCCCUUUGCACGUCGAAUGUCACACACGUCGCCCUUUGUGGAAAGGAGGCACUCAUCAACCUUAUUCCAAGUGCCACAUUUCCUCAGAUCACCCACCUUACACUCGACAGACCAGGGGCAGAACUCGACUUCAUGAAAAUUCUCCUUGACUUCCCAGCGUUGCUUGAGCUGAAAAUCAAGCUUUCUUUACACCGCGAAAACUUGGAGAUAGUUAAUCCUUCCCCUAAUGCGAUGUCCCUCAUCAAGCAUCAGGCCUUGGAGAAACUGAGUAUAUACCUGUCAGAGGACGCGGUUCAGUUUGGGAAUGUGACACCCCUAGCUCGCAUCUUUGAUUCAUUGUCUCUGCCAUCUUUCGGGGAGUUGGCCUUUGUUGCUCUUGGCCCCAGCCGGGAGGCCACCAUUGACGAAUGGCUUCCUGAUUCGGUGAAGGUGUUGUUCAGUGGGUCAUCAUGUUCGGCCAAACGCCUUCUUUACCGCAAUUUCAAACACCCUCUGGACAUGAUUAGCUGCCGUGAACAGCUUAGGAUACUGGCCAUUGACUUGAGGGUUGAUAACGCUGGAUUCGGCUGUCAUUGGUAUGACAUUGCAUCCUAGCACACUUAGCUUCACACAUUUCAUGUGCACAUAUCACUAGGUAUUAGA